AUGACUAGUUGCCGCUUGAAGGCCUUGCGACCAGAUGCCGUUGCCAAUGCCUCUUUCACAUUCAGGGUGCAUGGAGCCACCACAGUUCCAGACCUUCCGGGAAAGAACCAAUCAGUUUGGACCAAAUGGUCUUGCACCGCUGUUACGGCGGAAGACACCGCCGCCUUGUGCAAAAGGUUCUAUGGCAAGGAGCAGGCCGCCGCUGCGGAAAAGUGGUCGCAGAAGUUUGCAGAAGGGACAACAUGGGCGGUAAAUAAAGAGAGGACGAGGGCAGCUGGAUUCAAAGGCACGCCGGCAUCGAAGUUCUCUUGCUCUUCGUCGCCAGUGGAUCUUGAGUUCACCGACAAAACCAAGAUUGAUCCUGUGCACGACGCAGGGAGCAUUCCCGCUCGGCCGCCUAUCCGGAUGACCAUUCAGCAAUUGCUCUCCAAAGAUGAGCAGCGGGUGAAUGUUAUCGGCGUGGUCACGGAGGUUGGCGAUGUGGAGACCAUGGAAUGCCGUCUACGCGGCGGAGCUGUUCACAAAGAUGUCCUACGGCUUCGGCUCCAGGAUGAGACGCAGACGGAGUGCCAGGUGAGCAUUUGGGAGCCGCUCACGCGCAGCGUGCAAGGCUCACAGGGCAAAGCCUGCGUCUCAGCUGUGGCACUGUAUCGUGUGAAGCUGGCAGUCACGGGUACUUCUAGAUCGCUUAGCACGACAGAAGAUACCGUGGUUUGUAUCCUCGAAAAGCCCGACAGCGUGAGCGACAGGGAGGAUGAACUCAUCAAGAAAGCGGCGUCGCUGGCAAGCUCCAAGGCGGAUCAGUCGGCAACGCGCUACCAGGGCAGCGCCGACGUCAGUGGGGUGCUGCGUGUGGUGUGUCUGCGGGCUUUGUCCCUUGCCCAGGAGAUACACGAAAAAAACCUCGGCGAGUCUGCCUGGCAAUGCGAGGGCGUGGUGUGGGAGCUGGCAAACACAGACAGUUUGAUCAGCCGGAAAGGCAGCCUUUGGGCAGAAGUGCUGCUUCGUGAUAGCUCUGGCGAGCUCCGGUGCUUUGCGGCGGAGAAGGCUUUGCUGGCUAUGACUGGGUGUGCCGACAAAGAAAUAUUUUUGGAAAAUGUUGCGCAAGAUAGCCUGGCCCGACCUCGAAUCACAGCCAGGCUGCGAAGGACCGUGGGCGAGUACGUGAACGUGACCCUUUUGGAGGCUUCGCCCCAGUUCGUGGUGCCAUCGGAGCCCGGUGAGGAUGCAGUGACGCGGUGCCCCAGCAGAACAGAGUUGGCAUCACCUUUUUUGUGGCUUACGUUCCCCGCAACUUGUCGCUCUUGUUUCUUGCACGCAGUUACGCUGACAGUGCCCUUUAUGCCAGCAACGCUGGGGUGGCGGCCACCUAUGUCAGGUGCCUACAAGCGAAUGACAGCAGUCCUGGGUUCUACGUGCAGUCGCCUACGGGGGAUGGGGCUACCUUUGAGUACCUUGGUGGUGGACUGGUUAUGCUGUCCGUGGGCUCAUGUGUGCCUCAACAGGAUGGGCCUCUGA